AUGACCUCUACAAGUCCGACCAUGUCCGUGUCCAUGUCCUUGCCUUUUCUCCUCCUCCUCCUUCUGACGCCACUCAAUCUGCCACUGACGACGAUGAUGACGGCGGUAGAGUCCGCCUCCGACGACCCGGCACCGGCGGCGUGGCCCCACCAGUUCCACUCUGUCCUCUUCAUGAACAACAGCAAGGGAGCCCUGCAGGUGGUGGAUCUCUGGUACGACUGGCCCAACGGCCGCAACUUCAACAUAAUCCAAAGCCAGCUGGGGAAGCUCACCUACGACCUCGAAUGGGACAAUGGUACCUCGUACAUCUACACCUUGGACUCCGACAGAGAAUGCAACACCAUGCAUUUUCCAGUUGGCAUUCUCCGGCCUGAUUGGCUCGACGGCGCUAAUUAUCUGGGUCAGCGACGCGUGGACGGGUUUCUGUGCAAUGUGUGGGAGAAGGUUGAUUUUAUUUGGUACUAUGAGGAUGUUCUCACUAAAAGACCUGUCCAUUGGGUUUUCUACACAGGAUAUAAUGCUCACGUGAUGACAUUCGAGGUGGGAGCUGUGCUUGAGGAUGCCAAGUGGGAUGCUCCUGCUCAUUGUUUUGGGGAGGAAAAGACUGAUUCAGCACAAAGUAGGAGGUCUCCUCCACUUCUACUUGAAUCUGUGACAAGUGAUUAUUCUCAUGGCAGGCUGAUAAGAGAUGAGAGGAGCAUUCGAAACCUGGAUAGCUUUUGAGUUGCUGGAACAACUAUCUAAUAACAUAACAUAAGUUUGCAUGUGAUUUAAUAUUUUAGUGAACAUGAUAUCGGGUUUCCACUCAUGCAUUUUGGGUUCAUAAAUCGUUCUUCAUCAUAUGAGCAAGUUGAAGUCCCCAAGCCACUUUAUCUAUGCCUUAUGAAGCAUUGUCCAAUUUCAUGUCCCAAAAUAUGUACUUUUUAUUGCCGUGAGUAAUAUUAAAAAGGGGAUGUAAAUAUAUUGCAAAUAUUAGGAGUCCUUUAUUAGGAAGGAUAUUUGUUUGGUUUAUUGUUUCCUUGUGGAACAAUGAUUGUAUCUUGCAUAUAUUUUCAAUUAUGUAAUACAAUGAGAAUUAAGCCGUAAAAUUCUAUUUCGUAUCA